UCCCUCCCUCUCUCCACUGCCCUGCCCUCCCCAGCCACCUGUUGCUGAGGCUAAGGUGUUUAGUGUUGCUGGAGCGUCAGUGGGGUGUGCACCGCUUCUGCACCAGUCACCCGGAUACUGUACAUUGACGGAAUCCAGGAUCCACAAUGCAGGACACAAAUCACUUCCUCAAAGCCGCCCUACAGGUGGGUCCUUGGAGAAUCACACGUCGGGUGAUGCUAUUUGUCAUCGUCUUCUGUGUCGUGCUCAUCGUCUUUGGCACCUUCAUCCUCAAGACGCACAAAUUUGACGACGACGACGACGACGACUGGGAUGAUGAUGACGAUGAUGACGAGGAUGAGAAGAGCAUCAGUAGCGGUGACUCGAUCAUGUUCGUCUUGAUCGGUCUGGCGGGUAUGGCGGGGGUGGCAACUGUGGGCGGGUGCUUCAUGGCCACACACAACACUCCACGCCAGCUGGGCGGCGACACUUCCUCCGUUUUCACCCUCAGCGGCGUCACUACCCACCAACAGGUAGCCCCGAGGCCCUCCGCUCCAGAAACAGACGUUCGCCAGACCCACCACGUACCGAGACAGAUCCCCAAUACCACCAAGGCUCCUCCACCACACAGCAACGGUUUCCCACACAGUCCUUCCUAUCCGAGAAACCCACACUAUCCACCCGAUCCUCCGCCCAGUUACUCCGCGCCUAGUUACCCAGUGGGUGGAAGGGGGAGUGGAAGGAGGACUGGAGGGGUGAUGCCACGCACUGCCACAAGAGUGGUGUCCUCACCUCCCAGGCUCAACACCAUAUCCGACCUCCCUCCGCCCUACGCCCCACCCGUUCACCACCCUCAGAGGCGGUAGUGGCUCCCGGCGAUGGUGUCUCCCACCUUCCCUCCCUCAUCAUCAUCAACAUAUCAUCAUGGUAGUCAUUUUUCACUAUAGAUAACCGAGGAGUAAUGUUAUAGGGCAGCGCUGUGGAGGCCACAAUAUGCUGGUUGAAAGACUCAUUGAAACAGAGUGAAGACUGUUCUCUGCUGUGUGGAGACUUCCUUACAGCAUAUGGAGACUGAGCUAUGCUAUACAGAUACUGCGCUAAGUAUUGUGGGCCACGCUAUGCUAUGUGACGCUCUAUGUAGCACUCAAAGCAGAGGGCGGUUGACCCCGUCUCACAGCGCCCAGCGACACACACACAAACGCACGCACUCACAGGGUGAGACUUGUAUGGUGCUACAGGUGUAUUUGUGACACGUACUGUACCUUAGUUUAUAAGUCUACGUCUUUCAAUUAUAAAAGAUGCAAUGUCUAUAUAUAUAUAUAUAUA